GUAAUACUUAUAAAAAGGAAAAAAAAAAAAAAAAAAAAAAAAAAAAAAAAAACCAAACAGGUGAAGAAAAUAUUAAAAAUAAAAAAGAUCAUAUAUAUCAAAAUAAUAUCACGAACCAACAAAGUGAUAUAAAAAAUGAUUACAAAAAAAUAAAUCAUCAUAACAUUAACAACAAAAAAAAUAAAAUAUUUUGUCAAGAUGAUCAAAACAUAUUCAAUAUUAAUCAUGCCUUUCAAAUUCAUGAGACUGUACAAAAUAAUCUUAUAAUCCAACCGAGUGACACUACUCAAAGUAAUACUUAUUUAAAUGAAGCCACAGCUAGCCAAAAUGAUGACAAUAAUAAUGAGGACUCAUCUAAUGAAAUGGGUAUGUUCAAAAAAAUAUUUUACCGGAUAAAGAAAAUUAUUGUGGAUAAAAAAGGAACUCCAAUAACAAAUGAAAAUGAUGUAGAUAAUGAUAUGUGUGAAUUGAAUGUUAUGGAAAAUAAUAUGACUAACAUUCAUUCAAAUAAUAAUAAUAAUAAUAAUAAUAAUAUAAAUAAUAAUAUAUCUACUCAUAUGGAUGACAUUAUAGAAGAAGAAUCAAACGAAGAGGUGUUCGCCAUAAAUAGAAAUACGGAUGGAUAUAUUAAUACAAGAGAAAAUAUAAAUGUUAGUACACAUGUAUCUAGACAAAUGAUAAAUUUAAGUGAACUUAAUCCAAAUGAUCUUUUAUGUAAUGUAAGUGAGUAUGAAGAAGGACAAAAUAUUAAUUCUUUAUGGAAUGAUAAUAAUAAUAAUAAUAAUAAUUUUUUGGUUGGUAGUUUGAAUGCUCUUCAUCCUAUUAAUAAUAAUUUAAGAAACGAAAAUAUACAUAAUGACAAUAUAAAUAAUACUCAUAUUAAUUAUGAUAACAGUAAUUCUUAUGAGAACCCUAUACAUAUUUUAUCCUUUAGUUUUAAAAAUAUAUAUAAUAAGAUAUCGUCAUAUAUAAAUGAACAUAUUACCCAUAUAAAAGAAAAAAUUAAAAAGUAUUGGUUAGAACGAGUACAAGAAGCUAAUAUACAAUUAAAUAGUCCUAGACCAGUACAUACAAGAAAUACAACAAAUAUAAAUACCAAUAUCAAUAUUAGUGAGGAUGAAAAUGAUGACCCUAGUUGUCUUCAAAUUCUUUUUUUUAUGGGUUUAAUCUGUAAGUUCCCUAUACUUUGGAUUAUUGGUUCUAUUGUUUUUUGCAUUACUCCAAGUGAACAUAAAAAGACAAAAACAUGGUCCCUAGUAAAUACAUUUUUUGCUCUUCUAAGUAUUAUAUACUUUAUAACUACUACAAAUUUUCGUUUAAGAAAACCAACAUUUUUUGUAAUCCUAGAACAAAAUGUAGAAAAUAAAAAUAUAUAUCCAAAAGGAAUAUUGAAAUAUAAUAAUAUGAUACAUCAUAAACAUAUAAUAAUUGAUCAGUCAUCAAUACAUAAGUGGAAAGAUUUACAUACCAACAAAGUUUACAAGACAUCAGAAAAUUAUUUUUUAAAUAGAAAUUUUCUUUCAUCUCAGAAACCGGAUUCUAACAUAUUACUAAGCGAUACUAUCUAUAAACUUCUAAACCGGAUACAAGUAACAGUAACAUUUGGAAAAGGAAAUAUUUAUUCAAGUGAUAAUAUUGAAAAGAUGAAACCAUUUCUUCAAAAUCUAAGAACAAACAUGGACCCAAUUUCGUAUGAUAAACUAACCAUGACAGAUGAAGACAUCCCAGAUGACUUUUUUGGAAGUGGCCUAAGAUGUGAAAGAACGUACAAUAAUCAUAAUCAGAAUAUUAAUGAACCACAACAAAAUAAAGAAAAAGAAAAGUGGUACCUCUUUUGGAAAGAAGAAGAAAUAAAUAAUUCACAUAACAAAAAUAUUUACAAUAUUUCAAUUCCUGUUGGUGAAAUAUUCUUCUUCAAAAGUGAAUAUAAUUGUAGAAUAGCGUUUCUAUAUCCAAAGUCUAUUCUACAUGAUCAAAACGAUAUCCCCUCGAAUUUUGUUGAAAUACAAAAAAUUAUAAUAAAACCAUUUUAA